CGUUCAUUGUUGCUGUGGUUUUCCUGUGAAGCUCCUUAAACUGGAACAUCAACCUUUACACAGUCAGACUUUCAGAUGUGUUCUUCACAGUCACAGUAAUCUUCUUCAUCAUGGCUGGACACCUUCUGUUUGUCAUCCUCAUGUCUUUUGUUCAUGAGACUCAAGCGCAAGAACUAAAUUCAACGUCUGCGCACAGUGAACCAUCCUCCAUCACCAUACAAACUAUUCUGGAAAGUGAAUCACCAAAGAUCAACAAACCAUCAUCUAUCAUGACCACAGAAUCAAGUCUCAGCAAUCCCAGUACUUCAACUUCUACCACUUCAGUGAACUCACUAUCAGGAUUGGGUGCUCUUAAUCUCAGCGCUACAACUGGUGUGAACACUCCUGCCAAAACAACUCAGUAUAUAACAUCAGGAGACAGAACUACAGAGUUGAAUCUCAGCAGUCCUAAUGCUUCCAGUCCUACCACUUCUGUGAAUUCACCUUCAGAUCCAAAUCAAUCUUCAGAGUCAUAUGAGACUAAUACUAGAGUGACAGUUGCUACGGUCAAAGGUCUGACUUUUACUUCGGCUCAUACUUCCACCUAUGCCACUGCUACCUCAGAAGCACUAUGGAAGUUGGCAGUAGCUGUGACUGGAUUUGGAGUAACCAUGGGUGUCAUCUUACUGGUGCUGGGGCUGCUCACAUUCAAAAGAAGAAGUGAAACAAGUUCUCAAAGCAGGACAAAAGCAGCAUCACCAGGUGAUUUUCUGUCAAUGACUAAAAUGAACCAUGGAGGAAUGUUACCUGCAGGUAAUGAUGGAGACUACAGUGUGAUCACUUCAGUACCUGACAACAACUAUCUUACUAGAGAGAAACUAAACUUGGAACAGACAAAAAAUGAAGAUUCUGACAUUUACCAUGUGUACGCCACCAUCUCUGAAGAAACAGAUCCACCAGAUUCACAGGACAUGAUAUACAGCAUGCUGAAUGCACACUGAAACACAGUGAAACAUUUUUGGUGACGUUGUUAGUAAAAUGUCUAAAAUGAUCUAAAUUAUGUCAAAGUGAGGAAAGUGUGACAAGUAAUAGAUGCAAUCUUGCAAAAAAAUCUUGAGAUUGAAUUGUUGUAGAUUUUUUUUGUAUUUAAAGAUAACUGACAUGAUGAUGAUUUCGGCUUUAGUAUUUUUAAUAAGGGCUCUUAGAUAUUUAUUGUUUUGUUUUAAAGUAAUUGUAAGUUGGAAGAUGACAGUCAAAACUCCUGAGUCAUUUCCAAGCUUAGAACAAUGUAUACUUUUCAGUGUAGGGAUCGUUACAAAAAAAGUAUUAUGUAUUACACAUUACUUUACUUUAAAAAAAAUAAAAUAAUGCAGUAUGUUCAUUGCCAGAGAAAGUAAUUUGUUACACUACUUGUUACAUUACUUUCUCAUCAUCAGUAAAAUGACCUGAAAUGCAAUGUCUCAUAAUUACCAAUUAAGAAUAUAGACUUUAGGCUAAAGUCCCACACACCAACACAAAUCCCUAUCCUAAUUAUAAAACACUCUUUCACAAAACCGACAACAAAAAGAAAAGAUGGAAACCAGCCCAAAGAGACUUCAAAGUGAUUGCAACACCAAUUCUACUGUAGAAAUACAAAGGGAUCUGGCAGCUCCAUCACUCUGGGUUCUUGGCUAGCUUUGUGUUAAUUUGCGCAGAUGCUUGCAAAAACAUUGUAGUUGUUUUUUUUCCUGGAUGCAGUUUCCACUUUACCAUGGUGCACUCCCCCUUUUGUGCAAUAAAAAUAAAGUUAGUGUGCAUAUCUUCACCUGUGAAAUGUUGUUGACUGUUCCCGUAUGUUCUUGUAAAGGCUUUACUUUAUAAGAACUGAUUCUAGUUUAGUUCAGUUGAAAUUUCUCAUAAAUCCUGUGCUUUGAAUGCCUAAAAAUGUAUCCAGACAUCUUCCAUUUUAACCAUGUACAAGAGCCAUGUAAGAAAUGGAAAACCAUAUUCAGUGAAACAAGCAAAUAAAUAAAUAAAUUAUAGAUUUA